UGUUUGAUCAGAAUGUUAGAGUUCCUGUUAGCUUGAACUAAUAUAGCCAUUUUCCUCUGACCUCCCAUCGACAAGGCAUUUCCACCUACAUUGUUUUGUUUGUUUUUGUUUUGGUGUUUCACACAAUACAGUAAAUAAAGCAGUUACAAAAAUACCCUUAGUCCAAAUCACUGAGAUCACACUGUAUCCUCGUGAUGGGUGAUGUGAACAUUACCCGAAGUCGUUGGCUUAUAUCUUUGAUAAAGUGAAAUAAAUAUAAACACACAGUACAUAUUGCACUCUAAUAUUUAAUUGGACCUUUGGACUUUUACUUUGAUUACAGCCUUUUGAGCCUGUAAAAAUGGAUGAACUUUAAGAAUUACAGCAUUUUUAAACAACAGUUACUAAAGUAUUUUUGUUCGAACUGCUUGAAUUAAAGUUGAAAGUCCACUCUUCGGCGACACGGUGGUGUAGUAAUUAAACGAGCAGGCUGCACCCUUUGAUCGAAGUAGGCGUGGUGGAUCAUAAGAUAGAUCAGAUACUGAGGCUCGAGACCAUUUAAUGCUUAGGGGUGAUGUGCUCGUAUCUUCUGGUUCUAGUUUGUUUAUGCACCUAGUUGAACAACCAGACAGGAAGCCGUUAGUCCAACCUAGAGGUGAUAAGAUAAGGACAAAAAAUUUAAGACGGAAGACUUUGACUGGAUUAUGCCUUAUAGAGUAGUCGGUUGACUUCAUUCCCACAUCAUCUCUUCUCGGUACCAUUAAGGAGCGGACAACUGAGUGCAAGCAGCGACUCGCCGCAUUCUCAGGGAUUCAAAAAAUGAGCAAAUUCAUAAGAAAAAAUAUGCCCAGGAUUUUGAGUUACUGGAGGUGUUAUCAUCAAGAGAGAUCAUUACACCAUGUCACUUUACAGUAUACAAGACAACAGCAGGCUAACAGCAAGAGCAUUGAAAAUACUGAUGUUUAUUCCUUCAACAAGAGCACACGUGAAUCACAUGACCAUAUGAUGCUGGAGCCUCUCAGCACUAACGAUCCAGAGGUAUUUAACAUCAUACAGAAUGAGAAGAGGAGACAGAUGCAUAGUUUAACACUUAAUGCAUCUGAGAAUUUUACCAGUCGUGCUAUUUCAGAGGCCCUGAGCUCAUGCAUAAGCAACAAAUGCUUUCAUUUAAGUCUUCGGUACUCUGCUGAUGCAGACAGUGUGGAUGAACUGGAGCGCCUCUGUAAGGAAAGAGCGUUGAAGGUUUUCAGGCUUGAUCCAGAAAAAUGGGGCGUUAACGUUCAGCCUUAUUCUGGGUCAUCUGCAAACUUUGCUGUGUACAUAUCAUUAUUGGAGCCUCGUGGGAGGAUCAUGGGUCUGGAUCCGUGUGACGGAGGCCACCAUAGCCAUGGAUUUAUAAUGGGCAAAGAGAAAUUAUCUGCUACCUCUAUUUUCUUUGAUUCACGGUCAUACAAGGUCGACCAAGAGACUGGUUACAUUGAUUACGACCAACUAGAGGAAGGUGCUCGUUCAUUCAAGCCAAAACUAAUCAUCGCAGGUACCAGCUCCUACUCACGUAACCUGGAUUACCGUCGUCUGCGUGACAUUGCAAAUAAAAAUGGUGCGUACCUGCUGGGUGACAUGGCACACAUCAGUGGACUUGUUGCAGCGGGAGUGGUUCCGUCCCCCUUCGAUUACUGUGAUAUUGUUUCGACCUCUACCUAUAAGACCCUGAGAGGCUGCAGAGGCGGAGCCAUAUUUUACAGGAAAGGUGUGCGCAGUGUGGAUGCAAAAACAGGAAAGGAAACUCUUUACAACCUGGAGAGAUCGAUCUGUGAAGCUGUGUUCCCCAGGCUGCAGGGAGGACGUCACAACCAUUCCAUCGCAGGACUGGCUGUAGCAUUAAACCAGGCACUGACUCCAGAAUUCAAGGCUUACCAAGUACAGGUGCUGGCAAACUGCAGGACUUUAGUGUCUUCUUUAAUAGAAAAGGGCUACAAAAUUGUCACAGGUGGUACGGAUACUCACCUUUUCUUGCUCGACCUUCGGCCAAAUGGAAUCGAUGGAAUGAAGACAGAGAAGGUGCUACAGGACUGCGCUAUCGUCUGUAACAGGAGCCGGUGUCCAGGUGAUAGUCCACUGCAGGCCUCUGGCCUGCGUUUAGGCUCACCUGCUCUCACAUCACGGGGCUUAGUGGAGGAGGAUUUCUGCACAGUGGCGGAAUUACUACACAGAGGCAUUCAGCUAGCUGUGGAGAUCCAGACAAACACAAACCCUAAAUGCACUUUAAAGGAGUUCACGGCAACUUUAUGUCAGGAUAAAAAAUAUCAAAAAAGAAUAAUAGAAAUCCAAAACGAGGUUGAGGCUUUUGUUGGAAAAUUCCCCAUGCCUGGACUGCCUGGGCUUUGACCCUAAUCAUCAUCCUUCUGAACAUGUACCUAUUUACUUAAUUAAAUAAAUAAAUAUUUUCUCACUUACUUGCAUGCAUGCUUACAUAGAUACGUAUGUACAGUACUUUAACAUUACUUAACAUUACUUAACAUGACCCCUAUAUGAUGUCAAAGUUCACGCACUUCACCUGCCAACAUUUCACAAUAAUAAGAUAAGGCACUGAUAUCUUUUAAUAAUGUACCUUUUUCUUUUGCCAAUAAAUGAAAUUUUAUUUAAGGUUUUAUCCAGAUAAAAAUUGCACACUGUUUUGAAUUGUUUACAGUUUAGAAAUAAAAAUAAUAUACAUGAAUAUAUAUUUACAUACUAAUGUGGUUACAUGCUUAUUUUCAUAUCUUCAUAUUUUUCAAUUACUUAAAUGUCUAUUUACUUACUUACAUUACAUAGGUAUUUUCUUAAAUACUUACACUCACCUACUUAAAUGGUUAUUUGCAGACAUUUUUUUAAGGCGUACUGCGUGUAUCAUCCUAAUAUGUUAAUACGAGGGGUGUUCGAGUCACUCCAGGACUUGAUUGUAGAAUAACAGAACACAGUUCUGAGGGUAAACACUACUUUUAUUUCUCUAUAUAAUCCCCUGAUACACUAAUGCACUUAUCCCAGUGUUUCACUAUUGCUUGGACACCAUCAAGGUAGAGAGUUUUCUCAGUACGCCCGGAGCCGUGAACGGACUGUCUGCUUCACGUCUGAAACCCCCAGCCUCUCAGGAACUCCUUUAAUGGACUAAAGAUGUGGAAAUGUCUUGGUGCGACGCUAAAGACUAAGACUAAGCGUCUCAUCGCCGUACUUUGUCUCGACAUGUAUAGUAAAUUGGUUUCAUACCGUCAUUCACAGGACAUUUCAUCACAUCACAAGUCUUGAUUUAACACAGCUGAUGUGUUGGAUUUCCUUCUUAAAUGAGUUUUCCUUUUUAUUGUUUUAAUUAUCCACUCCUUUGUAUUUGUUUUUUUCAAUCAGGGAAAUACAACAACUAAUUAAGGUCUGUAAGCACUGACUUUAAGGUACAAACUACUUUUUUUUCUUCUACUUGA